AAAAAUAAUUAAUCGACAUCAACUGAAGCAGCAAAAACCCAUCAGUAAAAUAAAAAUUCCCGGAUUUCAAGAAAAAUCAUAAUUUCGACAGACGAAUUGAUUGAAGAAUUAAGAAGAAAUAUAAACUGAUGUUUAACAAUUUAAUAAUUCAUAUCUCGACUUCCUAGUGGAGUUUUGAUUAUUUUUUUGAAGCUCAAGGUCAAGCUCAUUAAGCUCAUUAAGCUCAUUAAAUUAAUCAAGCAAAUCAAUUCCUGAGGAUUUAACAGUGAAAUAGAUGCACUCUCUAAGUCUUCCCCGGGGGGUUCUCACCCUCCAGCCCCUAUCCCGUUUAAUUACAAAGCUCUCGAUCCGAGACGCCCUGAAUGCAGCCCUCGACGAAGAACUUGCCAACAACCCCGAUGUCCUGAUAAUCGGUGAAGAAGUAGCUCAAUACAAUGGUGCCUACAAGAUAACUAAAGGACUCUGGGAAAAAUACGGUGACAAACGAGUGAUAGACACACCGAUAACCGAGGCUGGAUUUGCAGGAAUAGCUAUUGGUGCAGCAAUAGCUGGUCUACGUCCAAUCUGUGAAUUCAUGACAUUUAAUUUUUCCAUGCAGGCGAUAGAUAGAGUUGUCAAUGCAGCAGCCAAAAAUCUCUACAUGUCAGCUGGUAAAUAUCCAGUGCCAAUAGUGUUCAGGGGUCCUAAUGGAAAUGCCAAGGGAUUGGCAGCCCAGCACUCUCAAUGUUUUGCUGCCUGGUACAUGAGUGUUCCAGGAUUAAAAGUCAUGUCACCAUCAACCAGCGAGGACUACAGAGGAUGUUUGAAGGCUGGAGUCAGAGAUCCAGAUCCAGUGGUUAUUCUCGAGUCAGAGUUGCUUUAUAAUAUGGAAUUUGAAGUGUCUGAUGAGGCAUUGGAUAAGGAUUUUGUGGUGCCCAUUGGGAAGGGGAAGAUUGAACGAAAGGGAAAGCAUAUUACUAUCGUAUGUCAUGGACAAGCCACUUGGCAUGUCAUGAGAGCUGCUGAAAUUCUUCAGACUGCGGGGAUUGAUGCUGAGGUGGUGAAUCUGAGGUCGUUGAGACCGGUUGAUUGGAAGAUGAUAUUUCAGUCCAUUGGAAAGACUCAUAGGCUCAUGGUUGUCGAGCUGGGGUGGCCUAGAUGUGGGGUUGGAGCUGAAAUUUGUGCUACUGUUAUGGAGAAUCCGGUUUUCUUUCAGCUUGAUGCUCCUGCUGUUAGGUGCACGGGAAUUGAUGUGCCUAUGCCUUAUUCUGAGAAGAUUGAGUAUGAGUGCACUCCCAAGGAUCAUCAUAUUGCUGAAUAUGCCAAGAAGGUUUGUGGCACGAAAAUAUGAAGAGUUUAGGAGAAAGGGAAUAUUCAGCUCUCAAUGAUCUUUCGGAAGAACUUUAUGUGAAAAUGAAAAUCGUAUGGAAGAAUACACUGAAAUUAAAUGGA